AUGAAAGCGAUGGCCAAGCAAUGCAUUAUUGACUACUCGAAAUGGAAGAAUAUCGAGUGCGCUGAGCCGGUUUAUGUGAAAUACUGUCAUGACGAGGUGAAGGCGUUCGAGGAUUGCCUUAGAAUUCGUGCUCAAUCGAAGCGAGAAGUUACCAUGGAGGAGGCAGAGGCUGUGGAUAAGAAUGAGAGAAUCAAGGCGGAUCGCUGA